UGUCAUACAGUGUAGGUGGAGCGAUGGCGGCACUGCUGGAGGCUGCCCUCGCGGCGUGCCUGUGCAAAGUGGGCCUUAGCAUCCUCUGGCUCGGCGCGGUCCGAGGAGGAGGAUCCCUGAGCUCGGUGGGGCUGUGCUGCGGCUGCCUCCUGCUCCUCACCGACCUCGCUAUCGCGCUGUUCCUGGCGCUGCUUCGGCUAGCUGACCCCUGGCUGGUGGCCUUUCCCGUCUCCGCCGAUGUCAUCGCUCUCCGCUUCCUCCUCUUCCUCACUCACACCUACUGGGGCGUGAUGCUGCUCACCAGCCCUCUGGUCGCCCUGGAGAUGGCCUUCCGUCUCCGCGGGCCCCACCUCAGAGGGACGGAGGGAGAGGGGGAUGGAGGGGAGGGUUUACAGACGAGGGGAGAAGAGCGGUGCACGGCUCCUCCGUGUUCGGAGCGAGGGGAGACGGACAACGGGAAGGCGCCGGUCGCUCGAGCCGCCGCCGAGAGAGCGGAGCAGUCAGAAGGGGACGAUUCUUCGGCGGCUGUCCUCGCGCACGUCGCCUGCGUCAUGAGCUGCCUGUUGGCAUGGUGCGUCUCUGGGCUCCGCGCCAAACACCGCUGGCACCUGGACGUACCCGCCGUGGAGCUCUGCCUGGAGGAAGACGCCGGUGGCGGCGGUGGUGGUGGUGGCGGCGGUGGCAUCGGCAUCAGCUCUCUCUGCCGCUGUCUCCCCGGGCUGCUCUCUGUGGCCUGGCCAGACGUGGGCGAGCCCCUCUGGGGCCUCCUGGCCGCCGCGCUCCUCCUGGGGCUCCACGGGAGCCUGCGUCUCCUCGGCCUCAGGCUGGACGCCGAGCGCGACUGCCCCGAGAGGGCCGAGGCUUCCCUGGCGGACGAGACGGACGAAAGAAGAAAACGCUCAAACGCGGACGCCCAGGGGCGAACGCACACAGACUGCGCAGGCACGACGAGCGCAGAGCUUUCCCCGGAGGGGAAGAGGGAGCGGGAGCUAGAGCGGGAGCGGGAGUCUGCAGCGAACACGGAUGUCCGAGUGCAAAUGCAAACACGACCCGCUUCCCGUGCGCCCGUUAAUCCCUCCGGUGGCGUCUGGACAAAUGGCCUCGCUGUUGACACGGAAACAACAAUCGACAGGUGCCGCAUUCUCAGCGCCGGGCGACACCAACCGCCUUGUCCUCAUGGAAAGUGCCACCUUUCAUCUGCUGGCUUUGUGUCCGCGCCCGACAGGUGCGGGUCUCUAAGCGAAGGCGAGAGGGCGGUUAGGCAAAUGCAAGACAAACAACUGCCGCCAUGUCGACAGCACCCUCUGCGUCAAAGCCGAGACGUGACGGAGAAUACGUGCUUCACGCGUACAGCAGCACAGUCGGACAGUGGCAGGACUCCGUCUGACCCUCAGUCCCAGCAGCAGCAGCUGCAGCAGCGAUGGCUCCAACACUGCUGCCAGACGAGGGCUUUCCAGGGGGGAUCCCCCAGCCCGAGGGGCCUGCUGAUAGCGGCACUGGUGUGGGGGAUCUUUAUCUGCCUCGUCCCUCUGGCCCUGGGCUUCAGUGUCUUAGUCAUCCGACACACAGAGACUCUGGUUUUGUUUGGGCUGAAAGUCCUCGGGCAGGCCCCGCCACACGACAAACACACCGAGUCAACAAGGACAGAGUGUACACAGGGUCAUGAGGGUGUGUGUUUUCGUGUUUGUGAGUUACAGUAAUGUAAAAAAAGAGGUGUGUAUGGAAUUGAGUAUAUGUAUGUGAAAGAUAGCAGUGACCGCACCUUAAUGUAAACAGUCGUUUGUCUGUGUUUGCUUGUUCAUGUUAGAUAGUGUGUGUGUGGUUAUGGUUAUGGUUAUGGUUAUGGUUAUUUAGCAGACGCCUUUGUCCAAAGCGACAUACAAAUAAAUAACAAUACAAUUAAAUAACAGUGAACAAUUACAAAAAGGGAGAAUAGCAAUAUUAUCAAUAAAACAAUCAAUUAAGCACUAACCUAAUGAGAAAUAAAAGUGUGUGUGUGUGUGUGUGUGUGUGUGUGUUAAUGUCAAAGAGUGCGGUGUAUGUGUGUGUCUCGGUGUGUGUGUGUCUGUGUGUUACUUGAAACGAAUGUGUGAAUGAAGACAGCUGGUCUGUUCCCACUGCUGGAAUAACAAAUAGGUGUUGGGAGUAACAGAGAUAAGGGUUUAUGACCUGAAGCCAUUAAAACAUGCUUUGAAUAAGCAUCACCAUGAUAUCAGUGAUCAGUUGUUUACAUCAAGAGUGUGUUUUCUGUCAAACCAGUUUUCAUAUUCCAUGUGAAAUGUUUGACUUCAUGACUGCAGAGCAGCAUUCGCGCAGCUUUGUUUAUGUAGGAAAUAAAGCUGAAAGGUUUUAGUUGCAUGUUAUUUUUUACCCCUCUCUCCUUAACGCUUUUC